CUACACCUUCCCUUCGCUCCGGCCGCUGUCAUCGCCGCCGCCGGUGCUAUCAUGGCUAAGGUAGACGCAACCAAAGAUUAUUAUGAGCAGCUGGGCAUCCAGAGCAAUGCCACCGACAAGGAAAUCACUCGGGCCUUUCGCCAGCUCGCUCUGAAAUUCCACCCCGAUCGCCACCCAGGUCGCGAGGAAGAGUUUGUGCCACACUUCCAAAAGAUUCAGCAAGCCCACGAGGUUUUGAUCGAUUCAAGUCAACGAGCAAAGUAUGACGCCGAGCGGAGGAAACGCGUCCCACCUAUUCCACCGUACACUCCUCGCCAGCGUCCACCUCCCGCCCAACCACGCAACGCAUCGUACACAACCACUCCGAAUGGUGGUACCUAUUACGCGAGGCCGCCUCCUCCCAGGCCACAGCCACAUCCCUCCCGUCCACCACCACAAAGGCAACCGCACUCCUAUGCCAAUGGGGCUGACCGUUUCACACAUGCCAACUUUCGUGCUCCCCCGACUGCGCAGAGGCCUGACUCGAGGCAGAAGGAGCCUGGAGCUAAGGCAAAUGUUUUCACAGCAUGGCAGAAGAUGAAACAGCCCAGGGCCGAGGAACCACGUGAAUAUAACCCAAACAACCCCAAUGGAGCUCCCUUUGGCCGAAGCAAGAGCACGAGGACACCGUCGGACAAGAAAGGAUUCAAUCCUGGGACACCGGGAGGCGACGAAGGCCAGGCCAAGUCGGCAUAUCGCUCCAACUACGAUCGCCCACCUUCUUCGCCUGUUACCAAUGAAAAGGCACAUGCUGAAGCGGAAGAUGUACCCUUCGCUGAAGGCAAUCGGUUUAGGACACCGUAUUCGUCUACCAAAUCUGGAGAACGUACGUCCAUGUAUGGAGAUGGGUUGGGCAGAUCCGCCAGUGUCCGCGAUUCCCCUAAGCAACCUCAGCGAGCGAGCGGCUUCACUGAUGCUGGGAUCAACUCGGAUUCUGGGCGCCGCCAGCAACGGAACUCCUACGGUGGAUUCGCAAAGAAAGCUCAGUUUCCUCAUAUGUAUGAUUCGAGUGAUGACGAGGACGAAGGCGACGCUUUACGGGCAGAAUACGAAAGAACCCGUCGCGGACCUUCUCAAUCUCAGUCGCAGCAGUCAACCGGUGCGCAAGGAGCUUUCAGUACUCCCCAACAGCGCCCGGGUCCGUCGGAUGGAUCUCCAUACAACGUGUUCAAGAGCAGGAGUGAAGAGAACAUUAACAUGAAGUUUUCUCCCUCUGACUGGCAUGGGAAAUUCGAGGGUCAGCCGGAUUACUUUGCUCCCAAUAUCCAAAAAGGUUCUACAACCAAGGGUCGCACAUCGCCAACUCGAGGCAGACAGCACCAGCGUUCGGCAACAGAGAAGGGUCCCUUUGGCAACGGCCAAUCGCAACCGCCGCCCGUGAAUCCCUUUUCCCGACCACAAUCGUCGCAGAUGCCCCCACCUCCUCCUGGACCCCCUCCGAACGCGCAAGAACAUCAUUCAACCAAGUUUGCACCUGAGGAGUGGGCUGAGACCUUCAAAGAACCAAGUUGGGCAAUGCCGUCGAACAUGAAAGAGCCAUCCCCACGACGUGGUUCUGCUUCGACAAGGCGAGCUAAUCCCCCUCGAAAGCCGUCCACUGCACCGGAGAACAGCGCUGGGACAGGAAAGCAGGCAAGCAAGCCAAAGGCCAAGUAUCAAGCGUUUGCUGAAGAUGCCACCAAUGGCGACGCCAUGGAUAUUGAUACCGAUUCACCGGCUGCUACCGACAAUUCUACGCCCAAAACCUCCAAGACUGGUACAGCAGAGAACGGCAAUGCAACAUCUAGCCCAGCUGCAUCCGCCCCCAAAGCCCCCACCUCAGGUUUGGAUCUGAACGGCAUCAAAAACGUAGAACCUUUUGCUCAGCCAAACACUGGAUUGAAUGGCCUAGGAGGUCUCGGAGACCAAUUGCCAUUCGCAUCGCAGGCAUCGAGCGCUCACCCUACGAAACCGAACACUGUGCAAAAACUCAAAUUUCCCACGGUACCUCUUGCACCAGCGCCACCAUCCAGUUUCGAUCCAGCGACCACCGAUACCUACUUCAAGCAUGUAGAGGGUUAUAUACGCCAUUUCAAGCAGUAUCGAAUUGCCAUAACAGCGCAUUUCACGGCUCGCAACGCAGAGGUUGAGGAGCUGGACGACAACUUUGUGCGACAGCGCGGCGAGAGGACGCAGAAACUGGGUUUCAAUAGCUAUUUACAAAAAAUGAGGGAGGACGAGGCUGUUCUGGAGGCUUGGAAGAUUGCGCAAGAGUCGCACAUCAAGGCGUUGGAGCAAUGUGAUGAUGUUCGCCGCAAGGUGUCAAAGCAGCAAAGGUUCUCUUCUGCCUGAGGAAUACUUCCUUGAAGGGAUCUGCGACAAGCCGAGGAAGAGAGGGCGGCUGAAACCGGAGAACGAAGGUCAUUCAUGGAAGCCGUCUACCCACUUGCCGAUAAUCGGCUGCAUAUACUGUUCAGGGAUGACCUCGAUCAUUUGAAGAACGCUCCUUAUAAGGCUGCGAAUGU